UCAGCCUCGACUGUCUCGUCGCGGACUUUGGGGAAGGCCGAUUGAGCCAGCUCUAUGUCUUUCGCGGACAAGGACGGCUCUCCUUCGCCGCGAGGCCUUUCCUGCCUUCAAUAGCUUCCCUUUCUUGGACCGUCUGGCUCUCUCGGUCUGUUCCGGGGGCUCUUCAGGGAUAUCUUCGAGUGGAGGGAACGAGCGCAGUUUCUUCUUCCUGUAGCCCCACAGUGGUCGCAUGUCUCGUCUGAGGAUGGCGGCACGCCGGUCGGCCCGCUCGGACGGCGAUAGAUCGGACGUGGCCACUUCUGAGGGUGCUGAGGAGGGGGUGGCAGGGGGACUGCGGCUGAAGGAAACAAGAAGAAUGGUACACAGUCGGUGAUGAUACAUGCGAAGUCUCGCUUACGGGCUUCGUGCGAUGGGGUAUGUGUCGUCGUAUCUUUUUUGGAGGCGCUUGGCCACCUCUCGGUCGAGGUGAGCAUCUGGCACAUCAUGUCACAUUUUGCACUGGUGUGCACAAACGUGCCAUUGUGUUGGUUCACUUCUGAGGCUCGCUAUCUCACUCCGGGCGUCCUCUCUCCACUGAAGGAUACAAUGGCAGAGUGUGACCAGAAUCCAAGCCGGAAUUGCCUGCUCACGUCCAUGAGGUCUACACCGUCUUGAAGUGCUUCAACGUCGCCUCUCAGCCGCUCAUACGCCUGAAAAAGAAACGGACGUCAGGAUGACGCUGGUAUGUGUGUCAGCGACGAGGAGCGUGCUUACCUGUUCGAGCGCCUCUGCAUACUUCAUGAUGGAUUGUGAGUCGCCGUAUACAUCCUUCGUCUGGUCGAUCAGCCUGAGUGAGAGAGAAUACACUCAUGUACAGCGAUUAAUGUCGCUCUUCUGUCUGUCGCCUACGUGUUUGUCUCUGCUUGGAUGAGCUGCCGCUUGACACGGAGGAUCGACACGUCUGUCACCUGUCCAGCCGAUGACAAUGUCACCAUUCAGCGUGUUUCUUCCAUGUGCUCACUGACCAGCUGCUGCACCAGCACGAGUCGCCCCAUGGUGAGCACAUGUGUCUCCUGCAGAUGCUUUGACUUGGGGCUGUUGAGCAGCCUCACGUAGUCUUCGAAAAAGCGAAAGCGCGUCGCUAUUAGCAGAUAGUCGACACUCCUGGGCCGCAUCUUCUGCUGUAGCGCCUUGCAGAAGAUCUUGAAAGAGUUCUUCACCUGAGAGUCACGAAGGAUGUCAGCGCAGACAAGCAGGGGGAUGAUUUGGUUUGUGUCGUACCUUCUUGUUGACGACGAUAGGGACGUCGUGGAAGACUUCCAUGCCUUGGUCUUCUGACACGUCCAGCAUUGUCAUGAUGCCAAACUCAGGCUCCUGGUCAUCCAUGAAGGCCAGGUACUGCCAUUGGGACUUGGGGUCUGAUGACCACCGCUUAGAGACAUGUGCACCACCUGCAUGCGCAUGUCGACUUUGUGGCCAAGUGACUGACCUGUGAUGCCCAUUCGUCUGAGCUUGAAUUUGAAGCGAUCCACUUCCAUCUGCCGCAGCCUACGAGUGGCAUCAACCAGAAUAGCUAUAACCUAAUGGACAAUACACAGCCACCGAUAGAGGAGCAGCACACAGUAAGCAUCACCUACCAAUGCCAGCACACAGAACAUGAACAUGACGGCGAAUGCAGUCUUGAAGAGGCCGAUCUCGAAGGCCUGCUCAUACUGGGAGAAGGCCACGGACGCCACAUGCCGCACCAGCAUCUUGACGCAGGAAGUGAAUGAGGUCGAGAACGAGCGGAAAGCCACGUUGCGCGCUCCAAGAACCAGAUGCCCGACGACCACGAACAGGACGAACAGAGGGAUGAAAACCGCGCACAGAGACACGAGCUUCCACCUGUGAAUGAAGGAAAAUAGCCGCAUACGAGUCAAUGCUGCUUGGUGUGCUCACCGCGCCAUGACGAGUGUUCGUGUGAGAUAAGCCAGCCUGCUGAUAAGAUUGGCGAAUUUGAUGAAGCGGACAAUAACGAUGAAGAUGGCGACAGCCGAUGAGGUCACGAAGAAGCGGUAAUCCUCACUCAUCUGACACAGACGAAAGCAUCGAAGAGGCUGCAUCGUUCAGCUGUCUUGCAUGCUUACCGCCUUCAGUGCAUCGAUGACCCUGUCUGCACGCUGCCGUGCUGGCGAUGCGGGAUGAGGGACUGAUGUAACGAAACAGUGGAAUUGGCUUUUUCCUGUUUGCCGUUGGUCAGCUCACCUCUCGUCAGGCCUUCAAUGAAAGGAUACGGCACCGUCGGCCUGAACGUCGAGAGGCACACGUGAUCAUGAGACAACACGACUCUUCGUUCGGUCGCUUCCUGUGCCCACCCCGGCACACUUGUUAGUGCAGUUGUGUUGGUCUCGACCAUCUCUGCCUCUUCGAAUAGCGGCUGAAACUCCCACCCCAGCAUCUCACCCCACGCCACACCCAACACCACCAUGCUCACACCCAAGGCGAUGUCAUACAGCAGCCACCUAACAAGAGGGAGACAAAAGCGCAAGUACGAGAGAAACAUCUCCGUCAAGCAGAUAAGCCUACAGGUCGAUGUCGGCUCUGCGUGUGGCCACGAGGAAGAUUUGCGUCACAAAGAAAAUGGAGAAUAGCACAAAGACGAUCAUCUGGAGGUACCAGAACUCUUCACGGGCCCCUGAAGGGAACGGCCAAAAUCAAGCGGUGCGUGCGGCUCACACAUCCACACUCGUACUUUCGGUCUUGACGGGCCUUGAUGCAGCUGUGACACGAACACGUCCAGAUGGCUCAAAGGCAAAUGUCACCCCACUCCACACAAAUUUCCUGAUCAUGCAACACGCAGGCAAACACAAAUGCACGGACCAUGUGGUCGUCUCUCACUGACCUGCCGUCGCCGUUGUACGUGGCCCACUCAAUGUCGAGCACGCCACUCUGAUGGUCCAGGAAUAGCGGCGGUACCAGUCAUUCAACGCGGCACCCAUCGCUGUCACGUUGUCUUCUGGAUGACGGAUGCCAAACAACCAGCCAGCGUUCGCGGCCCCCCAUGCAACUUGUGAUGAAUUGUUUGUUGCCUACUUGCAUUCAGAUAAAGUCGGAAGUCCCAAUGACUCAGCCUCAAACGAACCUCCAUUUGGAUCUCCAUUCGUGCCCACGGCCGCGCCAGUACCACUGCCGUUCCCGGCGGCUGGUGAGUCAUAGCCUCCAUACGAGCUCGUGUAGACCAGCCACAGGGAGGGGCGACCGGCGCUCGCAUGACUCAUGUCAGUCUUAACUCUGCGCACACACGCAAUACAUGAAGAGAGUAGCUAUUGUUGCAGCCGAGCGCUUCGUUAACUACUUUGGUGUGUGCCCGUUUGUGUGCGGAUUGGCAUUGUCGAUCAGCUUGUUGCGGAUGAGGGUGAGACGGACCAUGGGGUUGGUGAGAAGUAUGUCGUGGCGGCUUGUGUCGUACUCUGGGUUGAGCAGGCGGGCAAUCAGGUUCUGGUAGAUCCACUGAUAUAUGCCGUCGAGCGUCUGGACGUCCUGAGGCAAUGCGAAGGAGAGACAGCUUUUACAACCAGAUGUGUCUCGGUAUCCAGCCCCACCUCUAUGGUUUCCGUUCUCGGUCUCCAAUCGUCCUCUUGUGCGUCGUAUCCAUCCCACACUUCUCCUUCUGAUGCCCACUCACUCGGAAAAGCGGCUGUCCGGUAGUCGGCGAGGUUUGUGAAAGACGACCAGUCUACAUCUGCAUCGACCGCCAGAGAGCCAUUGGCCUGUAGCACGCGACGAGCCACGGCUUGGCCAGAGGACCCGGCAAACAUGUCGGCAAGUGAUCUAGGAAAGAGCAGCGGCACUAUUCCGCCUGUCAUUUGGUAUUUGCAGGCCCUACUUUAUCGGUUGGCGCUGUAUGGGCGAAGAAGUGACGAAGGUUUCCUCAAAGACGCGGCUGCCGGCCCUUGUGAAGCGCAGCAUAUCUUCAUUGUCAAUCUGCAGCACAACUGCCUCGAAUGGAUGAAUGUGGCACGAAGGAAGGCCCACUCGUGCAGUCACUCACUUGCGACAAAGAAGAAUGGCGCGAACAGCAGGAAGAGGACCGCACUGACCCACAGGCCGCAAUACUUGGCCUCUUCCUCCUUGACAAACUCAUGCAUCUGCAUUCGAAACCGAGACACAGAGUCGAGCAUCUGAUCGUCUUCUAUCUCGCAUUGUCUCUUUCCCCCACCUUGAAGGCAUCUUGUGUGUCGUAUCUAUGGUUUUUGCGCCACUUAUAUGCCUCCUCAGACACCUCUCCCAUCCCCUCCGGCUCGUCGGGCCUGCCCAGCCCUUCCCAGUCCUCGCGGCCAACCACAGGCCGCCGACCCUCACUGGCCAACUUUGCCUGCCGCUCCAAGUCAUCGUUCUUCUCAGGGUCCUUUUGAAAGCAGAAUAAGGCAUCCUCUUUCAGGCGGUUGAAACUCUGGGUGAGAUAGCCCUCUGCAUAAGGACACGGCAGCCUUAAGUUAAGAUAUAACGUGGCCAAGGUUGCUCUGACCUAUGUCUGGGUCGGUGUGUGUCUCGGCGGCCUGGGUAAAGGCGAAUAUGAUAAUGGCAAUGAAGUAGGGCAGCAGGAUGAACAGAAAAACGACGUAAAAGAGCACAGUGAAGACGAUGGGGAACGCCGAGCUGUCAGCUUCGUUUUGCAAGAGAGUUCAGUAAGACGUGUCACUGCCUCCUGCCCGAUCACCCAGCAGCAUCCUGCGCACAACAACACAUAGGAAUGGCCGAUUCCGACGCAGUCGCUUCCACAAUGAGCCCCAUCUUCUCACUUACGCGAAGAGGUUUGCAUUGGCUGGAGCCACGGAUGAGAACUCGUACACUUGAGAGCCAAACAUGAAGAAGGCGAAGAACCCAAAGGCUAGCCAUGCAGCGGUGAGUGCGAUCAUGAGCGGCACAAAGUUGGGCAGCGCCUUGCGGAACGUGUCAAGGAUGAGACCCAUGGCUGGAUUGCAGUCGCAUAGGAACGAGAGGGCGCGGAAGGCCAUGACCAACAGAGUGAUGCCGCUCCAGGCCUGCAGAGACAACCGAGACAUGACAUCCAGCACGACGCUUCUGUGUUGAGUGUACCAGUAGGACACCGCUUGUGCUUGCAGUGACAUCAAAUGCGGUGAAAAGCACUCGUAGUGUCUCUGCAUUGGCCUCACGCAGGACGGCGGGGGACGGUAAAGUGGGCGGCAACAGAAAGAGCAGCAUCAGAAACAUGACCAAAAUGCCUGGCGGGGUCAAGGAAUAAGACGCAUACUUGAGAAACCGUAAUUACUCUCCUGUGUGAUGGUCGAUCAUUUGUACCAAGAUGAAGCACCUGGGGCACAUACACUAUGACCCUGCCGCGCAAAUACUCCCUCAUCGCGUCUUGGAACGACCAGUAGUCCCGCCACAGACGCAUGACCAGCCAGAUCUCAAGAAGCCAAUAGAAGGCCACAAGAGCAAAAUAGAUAAAGCGGCAGAUGUGGGCAUCGAGGUUACGCGGAUUGUCAAAGGUGAUGGCGCGGAACAGCCAGCCGCUGCCGAUUGGCCCGCACUGUGCCUCCAGAGCUCACUUGGAAGCGGUACUCCAGCUCAGAGAAGAGGUCAGUGUUGCCGUUGUAAAGGAAGACCACGAAUCUUAGCGAGGCAGUAGUCUCCGAAAACCAGCCCUGGCUAUAGAGGCUGCCCAGCUGAGCAGUUAGACCCGGAUCCCUCGGCCGCAGGAAAGCCGUGUUGUUGCGCGACGGCUGUGUCACGUUGGCGUCAGCCGUCGGCAUCCGUCCAGUUGUGUUGAAGGUAGGCGGCGCUUCGAGAUAGACGGUAGGUGCUUGACUUCUCGCCGAGCCCUGCACGAUGAAGAAGUACUUUCUGAAGGCCUCUGCAGGGUUGACAGGCCGCUCAAACUCCUUUCUGUCAAGCUGUGCGCCGAUGAUAUCGUUGUACAUGGCCAGAUGCCCCCUCCUCAUAUGUGGUAUCGCCACAUAGGCCAUCCAAUCGAACACAUCGGGCAUCGUCUGCACUGUCAACCAGUCCCCGGAGGGCCUCCUUAUCGACAGGGUCUCAAACGCGCGCGCCAGUGCGUCGAGCUGCUGCCCCUGAUAGCCGAUGUGGCUGUCGAGGAAGAGCGUGGCAGCGAAGAUGGCGAUGUAGAAGAGGUACAGGAAGCACUCCCUGCCGGGGUGAUCUUUCUCAUGCUGAGUUGCAUAGAGCCGCGGAGGUUCAAACAGCUCAACGUCAUCCUUCUCGUACUUCGCCUGACGGCCCUCAUUGCUGUAGAUGAAUUCUCUCUUCGCCAU